UCCGGAUCUGGGCGGAGGGGCCGGAGGGCGUGUUUCUCCACCCCCUGCGGACUUCGGAACCGACUUGGGCAGGGUGGCGCCGGAACAGGAGUAGUCUCUACUGGACACCAGCUUGGUGGGUUCGAGUCCUGCAAGAAUGCGCGCCCUGCCGACCCUGGACUCGCGUGCCAGAAUGCGGCCACCUCUCGGGGACCCCAGGGCAGCGGAGGGCACUCUCACCGCACCGCCGACGAACAAGAGCGCUGUGGAGAGACUGGCAGCGGACCGCGCCAAGUACGUUCGCAGCACGCUGGGAUCUAGCCGGGGUCCUGUGUCCGAACACAGGGUCCCUGAGGCCCCAGGGGUGCAGCACCGCAACCCGAUCCCUUCGGCUCUUGCCCCAGCUCCUGUAGCCCGCAGGGCUAUCGCUCGAAAGCCUCUGAGACCUGAUUCAUUGAUCAUCUAUCGGCAGAAAUGUGAAUUCGUACGAGGGUCAGAUGCAGACUGUUCCAGAGUGGGACUGAUGAAGAAGUUUUUCCAGGGGUCUGGCAAGGACAAAAUGGCAGUGGCCCCUGAGACGACCGGGGUGGCUGAUGAGGAUAAGAGGAAGGAAACAGAGGCCACUUGGACUAAGUCGAGCCAGGCAGCAGCCGCUAGGCCAGCCUCGAUGGUACCACCUCCAGCCCCUGUAGUAGCGGUGAAGUCCCCAGCCUUGCCUUUUGAAGUGGCUCCCAGGGUUCCUAUCGGACGCUCCGGCGUGGAGCUGCGAGUGUCGCGUAGCAAAGGAUUGCAGCGCUCUCAGUCAGACCUCAGUUCCCGCUACUCGAUAGCCAGGGCUGAGUCCGACACCUUCUUCCAGUAUUGUGGCCUGGACCCUGACGUAGUGGAGGCUCUCGGGAGGGAGAACUUCUCUGCUGGAUCCGACUGUGUUACACUCAAAGUGCGUAGCGUGAGCAUGGCUACUUCUGAUAGUAGCUUCUCCAGGCACAGCGAGGACGGCUUGCAAGAAGAGGAGCUCCUGGAGCAGGUGCCUAGCACCACCUCUGUCGUAGAAAGGAACGCCCGUAUCAUAAAGUGGCUGUUUACCUGCAAGAAGGCCAAAGAAACCCCCAGCCAGAAAUUGCAGGAACCUGCCUGAUUGACAUCUGAUCCAGGAUGCAAACUUCCCCGGUGGUGAACGGACCCUUCAAUUGUAGGCGUCUGAGACUCCAGAGCUGUGUGUUUGGUGUAUCCCAACAAUCCAUAAUUGCUGCUGUCCUAGGAAUAAAGUACUCUGUUAUAAGGUUUAUCUAUUAGCCAUGAUGGCAUGCUGUGGGGAAGAUG